GAAGUGGGUGUACGAAUCCAACUGUCAAACAGUUCUAUUAACAUUGUAAUACUUCCGAAAGUACUCCUGCUGUUACCGUUUACUGUCAUUGUCACACGUCGACAACAAGUUAACAGCAAACUAAGAGACUUCCAUGCUAGCCGAAUAUGAUUUCAGAGACGCUAUGACAUUGGCAGGUGGUGAUAAUUGACCAACCUAACCAACGCACCAGUCAAACAGCAAGAAGCAGGUAAACUGCUUCUUAGAAAGGAGGUGAGCAGGGGGGAGGGCCACCCAGCAGAUAGGAGGCAUGCCUGUGGAAGGUGGAAGCAUCAGCGGCUCUGCUUCAGCUGCCCGUCACCCCAAGCACAAGCACAAGGCUCACAGUUUAUCUAGCCGGCACACCAACAGCACAGAGGAAAGGCUACCAGGGUUCCAAAGAGGAGACAUGCUGGAGGGACAGGACUCCAGACUGCCCCUGCCUGUACGGAACAAUCUUCUUGACCUUUUUGGGCAGAUUGAGCGCGAGUUUGAAAAUUUAUACAUAGAAAACCUUGAAUUGCGCCGUGAAAUCGACUCACUAAAUGAACGUCUGACUGCAGAUGGGCAGAGUACUGAGGGAGGCGACCUCAUCAAAGGAGCCCUGAAAACAAAAGCCAGCCACAGCACCAGCCACAGCACCAGCCAGCUGUCACAGAAGCUGAAGACGACCUACAAAGCCUCCACCAGCAAGAUUGUGUCCAGUUUCAAAGCCACCACAGGGUCCCGGGCUGUGUGCCAGCUGAUCAAGGAGUAUGUGGGCCACAGGGACGGAAUCUGGGACCUCAGCGUCACCCAGACUCAGCCAGUGGUCCUGGGCACAGCCUCUGCAGACCGCUCAGCUCUGCUGUGGAGCAUAGAGACUGGCCAGUGUCUGCUGAGGUAUGCUGGCCAUGCAGGAUCAGUCAACUCCAUCAAGUUCCACCCCACAGAGCAGAUGGCCCUCACAGCCUCUGGGGACCAGACAGCUCACAUCUGGCGUUACUUGGUGCAGCUUCCUGCCCCACAGCCACUGUCAGAUGUCAAUGUGCCAUGUGAUGAUGACCAGGACGUGUCAGAUAGAGAGGAAGGCGAGGUGGAUGGCGAGGGCCCUUGUGAGGUCCCCACCAUUCGGGUCGCUACAGCAACCCUGAAGAGCCACCAGGGUGUAGUGAUUGCAGGCGAUUGGUUGGUCGGAGGCCGGCAAGUGGUGACAGCUUCCUGGGAUCGUGCUGCCAACCUGUAUGAGGUGGAGACAUCCGAACUGGUUCACACGCUCACUGGACAUGACCAGGAGCUGACCCACUGCUGUACCCACCCGACCCAGCGGCUGGUUGUCACUGCAUCCAGAGACACUACUUUCAGGCUGUGGGACUUCAGAGACCCAUCCAUCCACUCUGUCAAUGUCUUCCAGGGACACACUGACACUGUGACGGCAGCAGUGUUCACGGUUGGCGACAACGUGGUUUCAGGGAGUGACGACCGCACGGUCAAGGUGUGGGAUUUGAAGAACAUGAGGUCGCCUAUAGCAACCAUCCGCACGGACUCAGCUGUGAACAGGAUAAGCGUCUCUACUAACCAGAGGAUCAUCGCCCUGCCGCAUGACAAUCGACUAGUCCGACUGUUUGACAUGAACGGAAUGAGGCUGGCCAGACUUCCACGCAGCAACAGAAUGGGACACAGGCGUAUGGUGUGUUGUACAGCGUGGAACGAUGAGAACCAAUUGUGCAACCUGUUCACCUGCGGCUUCGACCGACAGGCCAUCAGCUGGAACAUCAACAUCCCUGCACUGCUGCAGGAGAAAUGAUGCCACUGACACACACAAACACACAUAAUAACACAUGGUGAAACAGGAAGACUCAUCAAAAUCCAUCCAUAUAGGUAUAUACAAUACUGUACAACUAAACACUGUAAUCUGUGGCCUCAUACAUGCUAAUAUGAUUAUUUAUCCUGUGAAACAGUUGAGUUUCAGCACAUUCCAGCAGCUGAGCUGAAUGUGUGACAAUGGUAUUUAUUAUCACAUUUACUGUAUGUUACUUUUGCAGAUGCAGCUGUUUGCUACACUGUUGGGUAAGAACAUAUACACCCAGACGAGUUAUUCUGCCAUGUGCAGCUGAAGCCAGUGCAGUGAUUUUUUUUUUUCUUUCAGGAUAUCUCCUCUUUUUAACUUUAAAGUGUGUAUGAGGUCAUGGAGCCUGUCUACUGUAUUUGACCGUUCCACCUAUUUAGCAUGAAUUAUAACAUGGCCAGGCUGAUCUGUUCACCUGUUCUGUUUAGAUUUGACCCCCCAGCCCCAGGCUGCUGAUGUUUAGUUACUGCUGAAUGGCUGCUCUUGCAUGUAGAUAAACGUGGUUUGUGAUGUACACUUGUAAAGUUGUGAGGGAAUAGUUCUAAGGUAAAAUAUGGUAUAAAGACUUUAUUUAUAAGUGAUGUUGUGACCUAACAAAGCGACCUGUGUUGCAGGUUGUUGCUUGGUAAUGAGUUAGUUUCUCACAGUUACCCACCUUUUCAGGGUGGAGCUGGAGGAGACGAUGCACUUCUGUGAAAUGUUUUAACCUGGAUUAUAUUUUUAUCAUGGAGCAAAAUGUAUCCUAAUCAGGUCUGCUAGCUGACUUGUGAUGGGAUCUGCUGUCCUGACUGAAAGUUUCCUAGAGAUUUCAGUCCUUGCUUGUUACUUUUUGAUGCUUUCAGUUCACAACCAGCCUGCAUCUUUCCAGAUGUUCUUGUCAAUAUUUCAAAAGUAUGAUGCUGUAACUCUGCCUAGUUCCACAUUUACAGUAGGAUUAAAUUUUUAUUAAGUUUUAUUCUGCCUUUCUGUCAGGAGGAAACAUAUUAAGAGUAUAGCAAUAAUGGGGAAAAGACUGCACAUAUGAAAUCUGUGAUAUACAUGAUCAUAGUGUAGUGUUUCCUGGUUAGGUCAUCAUAAUCUGCCCCCAUAUGUUCUGACUAGUGUUGCUGUAAUGUGAUUACUUCCAUUGAACUUGCUGGUUGCUGGUCAUCUCUGUGUUUCAGUAACAGUGAAUAUGAAGGAAUAGUGUUUGCACUUUGCAUCGAACCUUUAGCCUCAUAUGAACUCUCGCACCUUUUUGUUAUAGAUGAGAAGUGUGCUUUUUCCAAAAUACAGAAGCAAUAGCAAUGUUUCUGGUGCUCAGAGUGAAACCCAUUUUUUUUCUUGGAAAUCAGUUAAUAUGACUCAGAACACAGUGACUCUCAGUUCGAGACUUAAACAUUAGCUUGUGUGGAAGAGAGCUUGACCAGAAUCCAAGAAACUUUGUCACGCUUGUGCAAUACCCUAAACACAAAGUCAUGCUGUAGGUUUUGAUUGUUCAGGUGUGUAACUUAUUUCAGUGCUGUAAAUCUCAUAAAACGGUUUAUUGUACUAGUGUGACAGGUAUAAAUGUAGCUCAUUGUACAACCCAAAAGUUGGCUUCAAGACACUUUGUUGCUGUUUCUACCAACAACAGAACUAGGAUGGAUUUUGAAGUAGCUCAACCUAAAGAUUUUAAUAAACUCAUUGAGAUGCCUUACCUUAGCAAUGAAGAUGGUGCAUUAACCUUAUCCUUCUGAGCAUCGAUACCCUUUUGCAAAUGCUUGUUAAAUAACUAAUUGUGUUCCACUGCAUAGUACAGAUAGGAUUUUUAUUCCUCUUUCAUUCAGGGAACUCAAUCUUGUGCCCACUGGUUUCAGUGUCUUUUUAAUCUGCAGGUAGGGAGUCUGAUUUUUGCACCACAUAGGAAUUCUUAUUCAAAGGAAAUAUGAUUUUGGAUCGAUACAUUAAAUUACCACAUGCCAGAUUAGAGGGGUAAAAAAUGGAUAGGCUUUACUUCAUUGUAGCAAAUCAUAUUCACCUCAGACUUCAUUAUAUGAUCUACUUUGCAUACUUUAUUGUAACAAGUUUGCAAACUCUGACACUUUACAAUAAAAUGUGUGAUUUCCUUU